ACUUCUCGCCCUGCCGAAUUCUCGCGUGAAUACCGUCUUCGCAUUGAGCGCUGCCCAGGUUCUCACUUUCCGUCAUGGCGCUGAAGGUGGCAACAGCCGCUGGUGGCGCUGCGAAGGCAGUGCUCAGUCCAGCUCUCCUCUGCCGUCCUUGGGAGGUUCUGGGUGCCCAUGAGGUCCCCCGGAGGAGCAUCUCCUCACAACAAACAAUUCCUCCGUCUGCUAAGUAUGGUGGGCGGCACACUGUGACUAUGAUUCCAGGAGACGGCAUUGGACCAGAGCUCAUGCUGCAUGUUAAGUCUGUGUUCAGGCAUGCAUGUGUGCCAGUGGACUUUGAAGAGGUACAUGUGAGUUCCAAUGCCGAUGAGGAAGACAUCCGAAAUGCUAUCAUGGCCAUCCGCCGGAACCGUGUGGCCCUUAAGGGCAACAUUGAAACAAACCAUAACCUGCCACCGUCCCACAAAUCCCGAAACAACAUCCUUCGCACCAGCCUAGACCUCUAUGCCAACGUCAUCCACUGUAAGAGCCUGCCAGGAGUGGUGACCCGGCACAAGGACAUAGACAUCCUCAUUGUACGGGAAAACACAGAGGGCGAGUACAGCAGCCUGGAGCAUGAGAGCGUGGCAGGAGUGGUGGAGAGCUUGAAGAUCAUCACCAAGGCCAAAUCCCUGCGCAUUGCUGAAUAUGCUUUCAAGCUGGCCCAGGAGAGUGGGCGUAAGAAAGUAACAGCUGUGCACAAGGCCAACAUCAUGAAACUGGGUGAUGGGCUCUUCCUCCAGUGCUGCAGGGAGGUAGCAGCUGGCUACCCCCAAAUCACCUUUGACAGCAUGAUUGUGGACAACACCACAAUGCAGCUGGUAUCCCGGCCCCAGCAGUUUGAUGUCAUGGUGAUGCCCAAUCUCUAUGGCAACAUUGUCAACAAUGUCUGUGCAGGGCUGGUAGGAGGCCCGGGACUUGUGGCUGGUGCCAACUAUGGCCAUGUGUAUGCGGUGUUUGAGACGGCUACAAGGAACACAGGCAAAAGUAUUGCCAAUAAGAACAUCGCUAACCCCACUGCCACACUGCUAGCAAGUUGCAUGAUGCUAGACCACCUCAAGCUCCACUCUUAUGCCACCUCCAUCCGCAAAGCCGUCUUGGCGUCCAUGGACAAUGAAAAUAUGCACACCCCAGACAUCGGAGGCCAGGGCACCACAUCCCAAGCCAUUCAGGAUAUCAUCCGCCACAUCCGCAUCAUCAGUGGCCGGGCUGUGGAGGCUUAGUCCUUCUGUAGCCAUCUUCGUCUGUGCAUAGACCCCACCUUAUCACUCCAAUGCUCCAGCCAGCUUAGUGGGCAGUCCCCAGAAUAAACCUCCUUCUACCCCAGA